CCCGUCUGCUUUGCCUCGCGCGCCCGAGCUGAGACACGGCGAGCAACACGAUGGCCAGCGUCGACGGAGCGACGCGCCGCGGCGGCGGCGAUGGAAGCAUCAGGCGGCGCCGGGUGCUGGUGUUCCCGCUUCCGUUCCAGGGCCACAUCAACCCGAUGCUGCAGCUCGCCGGCGCGCUCCACGGCCGCCGUGGCGGCGGCGGCGGCGAGCUGUCCGUCACCGUGCUCCACACCCGCUUCAACGCGAUCGACCCGUCGCGCUACCCGGAGCUCGCGUUCGCCGAGGUGCCCGACGGCAUCCCGCCCGACGUCGCCGCGAAUGGUAACAUCGUCGACAUCAUCGUAGCCCUGAACGUCGCCAUGGACGGCGGUGAGUCGUCGCCGUCCUUCCGCGACGUGCUCGCGUCGGUGGUCGCCGCCGACGACGAGGGGCGGAAGCCCCGCGCGUCGUGCCUCAUCAUCGACGGUAACCUCAUGGCCGCGCAGAAGACCGCCGCCGAGCUCGGCCUCCCCACGCUCGUGCUCCGCACCGGCAGCGCCGCCUGCCUCGGCUGCUACCUCGCCUACCCCGCGCUCCUCCAAAAGGGCUAUUUGCCUCCCAAAGAGUCGCAACUCUAUGAACCAGUGGAGGAGCUACCGCCACUGCGAGUAAGGGACCUGUACUACACGAGCAACGCCAACCAAGAACUGGUCCGUAAAGUUCUUGGUUGGAUCGCCGAAACGGCGAGAAACUCUAACGGUGUGGUGAUCAACACGUUCGACGAGCUGGAGCCGGCCGAGCUCGAGAGGAUCCGGCGCGAGCUUGACGGCGACGGCGUCGCCAUCGUGCUCGCCGUCGGCCCGCUCCACAAGCUCUCCCCCAUGAACGCCGGGGGCAGCCUGCACCUGUGCCCGGACCGGAGCUGCAUCGAGUGGCUGGACACGCAGGCGACGGGAUCCGUGUUGUACGUGAGCUUUGGGAGCUUAGCGUCAUUGGACUCCAACGAGUUCUUGGAGGUGGCAUGGGGAUUGGAGAGCAGUGGCCAGCCUUUUCUAUGGGUGGUUCGACCAGACCUUGUGAAGGGUUUGGAUAAACCAAGUUUGCCGGAUGGGUUCGAGCGUGCGGUGGAGGGUAGGGGUAAGGUGAUUAAGUGGGCCCCACAGCAAGAGGUGCUAGCACACCACGCAGUGGGAGGGUUUUGGACGCACAAUGGGUGGAACUCGACGCUAGAGAGUGUUAGUGAGGGAGUCCCAAUGAUAUGUAAACCUCAAUUUGCAGACCAAAUGUUGAAUACAAGGUACUUAGAAGCGGUGUGGGCUGUAGGCUUUGAGCUUGUUGGCAAGCUAGAAAGGGGUGAAAUCAAGAAAGCGAUUAAGAGGUUGAUGGUAGAAAAGGAGGGAGCUGAGAUCAGGGAACGAGCAAAAGAGCUUAAGAAGAAAAUGGACCAAUGCUUGGAAAGUAGUGGAUCUUCUCAAAUUGCCAUCAACAGGUUAGUGAAUUAUAUAAUAUCUCUCUAACACUUGAGUUUAAUUAUGUACUUAUCGUGUGAAUACUACCAUCGACGAAUUGUGAAGAAGUUGAAGGUUUCCUUUAAUUUUCUUAUUUAUAUGUAUCAAAGCAAGUGAUAUAGAUGUCCUCAUUCUCCCAAUGUCCUUCUUCGCACUGGCCUAGGGGUAAAAUUUCACUCCUCUAAGAACAACCACAUUUAGUUUGUCACUGUUUCUGUUCCGUUGUGAGGCAUCAAGAAUCAAUAAGCAUUUCAUCA